CCCAGAAAGGUACAUGACUGAUAUACUUUGGUUUACGCUGUGAAAAAAUUAAUAAAUUAUUAAAAUAAUUAAAAUUAUUUUUCCAACAAACGAAUAGUUUAUGCGUAGAAAUAUUAAGCGAUAACACUCAGGUGAUCUCUUCUAUCCUUACUCCAUGUUUUCCCCCAUUGUUUUCAAUACAGGAAGUCUCACUGACACACACACACACACUCUCGUUGGGGUCAUGGGGUAGGAAAGGUAAAUCUAUAUAAAUCAUUAUAAAUAUUCAACUAAAACUAGGAUUACUGGGCUGCUGUGGUGAACCCAAUCUGAACUAAAAUUCUCUGGUUUUGCCAUGUCUUUUAGUAGCAUUCAUUAAAAGCAGUUGGGAGGUAGAGCCUAUACGAGGCUAUACUCAGCCCCAUACACCUAAAUGCCACAAAUACGAAGGACUGGAUAAGUGAGCUAAGUGGUAAUAGGAUACAGAACAUUUGGCCUAUAGUAGACUCACUACUUCCAGUUGAUGCCAGCCUGGUGGUAACUUGAAAGUUAUAAUCUAAUGUGGGGAAACUUCCUUUAUUCAGAGAAUCGUUCUGGGAACUGACCGAGGAUUCAGCUUCAAGGGCUACACUUUUUUUUUUUUUUGGAAAAAGAACACUGCUUAUAAAGAACAGUAAUUAAAAAGGCUCACAUGGGGCUGGGCGCGAGUCACAGGCCAGAGCUCGUUGGCUGCUGCUGCGCCUCCAUUGAGCCUCCCAAGCACUCCGAAGUGCGGGAUCAGGGCUUGGGCCCUAUUGGCACCGCGACUGGGGGAAGGCAGGAACAGCGGGGCCAGGUUACCUCGCUAAGCAGAGCUUCCUCCCCUCCCCGUACUAAGCCUACGCCGGGGCCGCUGCGCACAGGGACGCACGUUCCGCGCUCACCCGCUAUUCGCGACUAGAUGUCACUUAACUUGGAUACUGAAGAUGACUUCUAUCUGGAAGAAAAUAGAUUCAAGCAGUGUUGUGCAGAGUUCAUUAAACAUUCACAGCAAAUAGGAGAUGGUUGGGAGUGGAAAAGUAUAAAGGACUUUCCUGAUGGUUAUAUGAGUAAAACACACUUCCAAAUGAAAAAUGGAAAUACCCCAUCAAUUUUCAAGGACAGCACUAAGGAAAAUGAUGAGCAAACAUUCACACAUGUUGAGGAAGCCCUGGAUGAUUCUCAAGCAUCUGAAAUCUGUGCAACAUCAGAAGUGAUUCGUUAUGAGUAUCAUGUCUUGUAUUCCAGCAGCUACCAAGUACCUGUGCUUUACUUUAGGGCAUGCUUUUUAGAUGGAAGACCUUUAACUCUGGAUGAAAUUUGGGAAGGCGUUCAUGAAUGCUACCGGGCUCGUCUACUGGAGGGGCCCUGGGACACCAUUACACAACAGGAAUAUAAACUACGUUACAUCAUGGCUGAGUAUUGUAGGCCCAGUUGUGGGGCUAAAUCUACCUCUGAGUUAUGCAAAACUAGUGUCUGAACAGAAUACAAAAACGGAUUAAAUCAAAAGGGCCCCAAGUUGAAGCACAGGUAUUUGUGAAUUGUAAAGCCACUGCAGCCUUGUCUGCAACGGAUCUGACACAAACUACGCCGUUUCCACACAGUCAGUAAAGCUUGCCGUUCAGGGCUUUUCCUCCUGGCAGCAACAUGCUUGAUGACAGCUGAACACCUAAGAGCUGGCUGAAAUUAGUGACGCCUCAUGUUCCACCCGAACACAAGCUCCAUUCCAUGUGACAGCACUGACUCUCUAGGAUUCCCUUACUCAUCUCCUACCUUAGAUUCUCCCUCCUUUUUUCCUUGGGUUUGGUCUUUAUUGAGACGAUAUCAGAACACCUAUAAAAGGCUGAAUUUUCUGGCAUGGGAAUGAAACAAUGGAUUUAAUUCUACUCUGAAAGAUAUCAGACAGCACCACUGUGUAUUUAGAAAAGUAUGCUAUCAGUCUUGCAGACGUCCACAACGAUGCAGUUAUAUGUGUGAACAUGGGCUUGAUUCCAUUUUAGGGUUAGUAUGUAACCUGGAGAGGAUAGCGACACUUAAUUGCCAAAACUCUGAUUGUCAGAUUCCUCAGGGUAUAUUGGAGAAUGUAUUAUAUAUGUAUUGCUUAACUGAACAAAUGGGUCAGAAUUGUAGAUGAAUAGUACUAAUAGUCUAUGUAUUGGUUAAAAUUAUACAAUUCUACAAUUCAGGGUCUCUCGGUACAAUCAUGUGAGCAUGCUGCUUCUUCCUUCUUCACUACUUCUAAAGGAUUUUGUCACCAAGGGAAGGUACAGUUGUAGUAAAUUAGCAUUUCUGGUUGAGCUAGUAGUUAUUCAUGAGUAAAAGCCUGAUCCUGCAGUCCUUACUCAAGCUAAACUCCCACUCAUAUCAAUGGAGUUUUGAGUGAUUAGAGAUUGCAUAAUAGGGCCCCAAGAUCAGCAAAAAACAGGCUAGAAAUAACUUUAGUAUGACGGUCAGUUUUGAUUCCUUCUGAAUCACGUUUUGUUCCGAGUGUUCUGAAUUUAUUUUGUACAGGUAUUUAGUAGAUAAGAAUUACAGAUUUUGCCUUUAUGUGUUCAGUGAAGAUGACGCUUACAUGGGAAGUCAAAUAUUAGAAUAUGUUGGAUCAAAACUGCAAAUGUAAAAUUUAUGGGAUUUAAAAAUCUGUGUUCUCAGAAGUUUUAUUAUCUUCCUGUUAUUAACUUAGUUGCAUUAUAUGUGUUUGUGAUGUGAAACAUAAUACAAUCCUUAAAAUGCUAUUGACAAAGUGAAAUUCUUUUGCCAAGCCAUUUCAUUUGGAAUUCAUAGUAAAUGAUACUAAAACACAUUAUUUAUCCUAUACUGGAUUCUAAUGAUUUGUCAUAUCUUUGUUCCCUCCAUGACUUGUAAAAUGUAGUUCUUUGUUGACUUCUUAUGACAGCAGUCAGAUUGCCUUCUUUUCAAAACAUUUGGUUAUGUAUGUUUUAUUAUAAACAAUAUCUGUAUCCUAUUUCACACAUUGAAAGAACAAUUAUUUCUCUUUAUACACAAGGAGAAACAAACAACAGGAAAAUAAUACAAUUUUAAAUCUGUAUUUAGAAGCCCAGAUGCUCAGCCUUGCUUCAUGCCCUUUGUGCUGCUUCAGUGAAGCAAAGGGGCUCAUAUAACCAGAUGAAGAUUCCCAGCUGGUCAAUCUAGCCAGCUUUGCACCAACUGCUUCUGCCUCCACCCCAGCAUAAGAGAUAGGAUGAGGUGCGGCCAGAGCAAAUUGUGUUUGGCAAUCCUGGGACACUGGAAUGGCUGCUAGUCCCAGUGCAAAUAAGAGAAGGCUGCUCUACUUGCACUGAGGGUUGAAUUAGCUCCCCCUGUUCUCGGGAUCAGGCAGGAGACGCACACAAAAAAUACCUAGUUCCAUGUAAGUGCAUGCACAAGUAUGCACACAUAUGCACCAGGUGCACUGACUGCUGCAUGUUCAUAUUGGAGGAUCUAGCUCAUGGUUAUCUUUAUGUAGCAUCACAGAUGUUACCCAGCAUUGACCUAUGGGUCAAAUGGACAGAAUAAACAAGUCCUUGCCCCCAAGAAAUUCAAUUUUUAAGAUACAGGGUCAGUAAAAUCUGACACAGAAUGCAUAGAGUGGGAUUUAAUGUAAAUAGCUGGAGUGCUUGUUUUAAAAUAUUCUUCAUAGGCUUAGUGUGGAGGAUUCAUUGAUAACCAACACAUAUUCUUUUUCACUUUCAAAGUCUUAUUUAUUGGACUAGUUUUUGGCCACUUGUCAGAAAAUAGCAGUAACAAAAUGGUUUGGAGUAAAAUGUAUUUGCAUAGUUUCCUAGCUAUUUCUAGGAGACUAACACUUCCUGUUUUCCAGGCAUAGCAGACUUGUUGAUAAUACUCCUUCCAGUCAUUACUAUUCUAUACUAUUUACCUAAGAUAAUCCUUGUUUAUUACAAGUUGCACAAAACACUGCCCUGAGGCGUUACAGUGAAUACAGUCUUUCUGCCCAUGUGACAGCAUUAGAUAAAUUAACUCAUGAAGUAUAAUUAUAGACAAAGAAAGUUCAGAUUGUAUCAUUUAUUAAUGCAGUUACUCAUAUGAGGCCAUAGCUAGCAUAACCUGAGACUGGGGAGGUAAGCAUGAAGUUAGUCCAACAGAAUGGACCCUCACCACCCUUCUGUUCGGUCAACGUUCCUUUACAGACACGAUUUUCUCUCUGUUUCAUCCAAGCCUUACAAAGAAAUGGGGUUGCCAUGUGGACUGAGAAAUCGACAUUCAGUUCCUUUUAGAUGCAACCAUCCCCAUUGUACAACAUGGUUUUCGCUCUUUCAUUUAUCAUCAUAAACAAGACCUAGGAUGAUUUGGAAAAAGCAUGGCACAUUGUCUUUGAUUUCAGGUCUGUCCUUGAAGAGCUAACCCCAGGCACAUGCCACAUGGGUAACUGCACUGGGGACUUUUUUUCCCCCAGUACAUACCUUCAGGAGCACUCUUUACCAAUAACACACCCUGCACCUGCUUUGAAACACAAACUCUUUCCAGUUUUUGAAGCCCAUUCAUGUUCAGCUGAUAAACCCCUUCUAAAUCCCAACUGAGUAAUAAUGAGCACCUUGGUGCUGCUCUCACAGUUGCUUAGAUACUAUGAUAAUGGAUACUAAAUGCAAAGAUAAAUAGGAGGGUUACAGCAAGUGGGAGAGUCGGACACAUAGAUGAGUGAUCCGGAAAAACGCAUCAUAUAUCUUGUAAGUUUUUGUAUUUAGCACUAACAAAUAACUGAAGUGUCAAAUCACUAAGAUGGUUAGUUCAAAAAUUCUCUGUAUUUUGGCUAAGAUGUCAACAGUAAUAAAAAACAUUUAGUAUAAGUAAUCUAGUGACCUUGUAAAACAUUUAACAUGUUUGCUCACAAAAAUCCUAUCUAAUUUCAAAAUUAGAUCAAUUACCAGUGCUAUAUUUCAUUUUAUUUGGCAAGUAUGUUCCAAAACACCUAAGUUUUUGGCAGCAUGGGUUACUCUUUAAGUUUUGCAAAACUGCUAAAGAAAAAAAUUCAGUUAUAAAGCAGUUUUAAAACUCCUUAAGUUUCUUGUCUAAAAUCAAGGCCGGCUCCAGGCACCAGCAUCCCAAGCAGGUGCUUGGGGUGGCAAUCUACAAAGGGCGGCAGUCCCUCU